GGGGAGGGGAGGCACUCUGUUAUCGCUCAGAAGCACCUCGUCCUUACACAGGGCACGCAAAAAGCAAGAGAAAAUACUUCAGGUUCUGCUUUUGGGGGGGGGGUUAAAGAGGCAGGGCCCUCUGCCCAUGCUCAGAGGCACUCGCGGGGGCGGCCUCUCGACACGCCCGCCCGCCCGCGGCCUGAAGAGAGAAGCGCCUGAUCUGGGGCAGGUCCCGCCAGCCGCCGCCGCCGCCUUCCAGCGAGAGGCGGAGGCCGAGCGGGCAAGGAUAGGAAAGGCCGCAGCGGAGGCCCCCGCUCCGGCCUAGCCGCCUGCUUCCAUGGCGCGCUUCGGGACGGGCUUCGCCUACGAGGACGCCGCCGCCGCCGCUGCGGGGACAGGCCUCGCCGGAGCCGGCGCGGGCGAGCGGCAGGCCCGGCAGCAGGCGCGCCACUACCAGCUCCUCUCCGAGCUGCAGGCCCUCGUCAAGGAGCUGCCCAGCUCUUCCCAGCAGAGGCUGUCAUACACCAUCCUCAGUGACCUGGCAUUGGCUCUCAUUGAUGGGACAGUCUUUGAGAUUGUCCAGGGCCUACUGGAGAUCCAGCACCUGACGGAAAGAAACCUCUACAACCAGCGGCUCAAGCUGCACAAUGAACACCGAGUUCUCAAGCAGGAGAUGCACCAUAAGCACAAGGAGGCGCAGCAGUCCUGCAAGCCUCACAACUUGCCCCUCCUCAAAGCAGCCCAGCAGAGGGAGCAGGAGGCCAUGGAGCAGCGGAUUCAUGAUGAACAGCAGAUGAUGGAUGAGAAAAUAGUCCUGGAGCUGGAUCAGAAAGUUGUUGACCAGCAGAGCACGCUGGAGAAAGCUGGCGUCUCUGGGUUUUAUAUUACAACAAACCCUCAGGAACUGACUCUCCAGAUGAAUCUGUUGGAGCUAAUUCGAAAGCUGCAGCAAAAGGAAUUGCAGCCAAGAAAGCCUUUCUCUUGAGAAGGGGGAGGGCACGAUAACUGCUCCCCCCCCUCCCAUUUCUAGGCACGAUCCUCUGUGGGAGUCAUGCUAAAGGAGAUCAGUCAGUGUUUUAUUUUCAUAUAUAAAGGCUGGUACACCCAAUUCCUUUACCAGACUGCAGAAGGAAAGAGGAUCCAAGGGGGUGGGAGUUGCCCCUUUUCAGUGGGGAGGGAGAAGCAUAGGUGGGGUGGGAGGGGGCUUUCUAAUGCCCACAGCUAAGGAGGCCCAAAAGUUCAGUUUGUUUCCAUGUUUAUUUUUUAUUUAUUUUGUGUUAUUUUUUAAAAAAAAUCUGUUGUGGAAUUUCCAUUUAUCUCAAGGCUGAUGUUUUGAAAUGGUGGUGCAGGAAUUCUGACCUCCAAGGGAGGCAAUAAACAUAAUUACUUGCCCCCCUGUUCAGCAUCAGCGCAGGGAAAAGUGAUUUUGGGAUGACGAAGGAGCAGGAGAAUGAAUGAACCUGUGGUUCAAAGUGUUUGGCUGGCUGGACUGAUUGGGCGGCCUUCCCCGAGUCAGACUGUGUCCUUCCAUAAUACCAAACCUGCCUCUAAAAUCCUUUGGGGCAUUGCAAGAACAGAUUUUUUAAAAAUGAGAUGCUAGAGCAGGUGUGGGUUAGCUUUGGCCUUCCAGAUGUUGCUGAACUACAGCUCCCAUCAUCAGUUUGCUGAGGCUGAUGGGAGUUGUAGUGUAGCAGCAUCUGGAGGGCCAAAGGUUCCCUACUUCUAUUUUAGAAGAAACUGGGCCAGUGCUCAUCCUGAAGCGCUGGCCAGGCUGCCAGUCGACAGGUGAGCUUUACUGAAGAACUCCUCAGUUGCUUCAGAUACCUUUCUGGCCUGCAAAAAUGAGCAUCCUCAAGCAGUUUCUACCCCCUCUGAAUGUGGGGAGUACUUGCUCUUGCCCUUAGUCCAAGAGUAGCCAACUUAAUGCCUUCCAGACAUUGUUGGGCUACAACUUGCAUCCGCCCCAGCUAGCAUGGCCAGUGCCUGGGGAUGAUGGGAGUUGUAAUUCAGCAACAUCUGGAGGGCUAUCCCUGUGUUAAGGCUUUCUACAGCAUCUAAAAGUGUGGGGCUCUGUCAUGGCCAGUCUUGCACAGGUGUGGGGAACCUUUGGCCCUCUGGAUCUUGCUGAAGUGCAGCUCCCAUCAUCCCUGGCCAUUGGCUAUGUUGCUGGGGCUGAUGGGAGUUGUAGUUCAACAUCUGGAGGGCCAAAGGCAGGAAGAGGAAAUGAGAUUCUGCAGCAACUUUCCCCACCCAGUUAUCUCUGGGGGUGUUCAUUGUGGUCUCCUGGGGGGCUUUAUUUUACUUUAUUUAUAUGUGAGUAAACAUGUACAACAUACAAAGGUAAUUAACUUCAAUAAAAACAUCGAUAAAGAGUGGUUGAAAAA